AUGGGGAACAGCAAGAGUGGGGCCCUGUCCAAGGAGAUCCUGGAGGAGCUGCAGCUGAACACCAAGUUCACAGAGGAGGAGCUGAGCUCCUGGUACCAGUCCUUCCUGAAGGAGUGCCCCAGUGGCCGCAUCACGCGGCAGGAGUUCCAGAAGAUCUACGCCAAGUUCUUCCCCGAGGCCGACCCCAAGGCCUACGCCCAACAUGUGUUCCGGAGCUUCGACGCCAACAGCGACGGUACCCUGGACUUCAAGGAGUACGUCAUUGCCCUACACAUGACCUCGGCAGGCAAGACCAACCAGAAGCUCGAGUGGGCUUUCUCCCUCUACGACGUGGACGGCAACGGGGCCAUCAGCAAGGGCGAAGUGCUGGAGAUCGUCAUGGCUAUUUUCAAAAUGAUCAAUCCUGAGGACGUGAAGCACCUCCCGGAAGAUGAAAACACGCCAGAGAAGCGAGCCGACAAGAUCUGGGGGUUCUUCGGAAAGAAAGAUGAUGAUAAACUUACAGAGGAAGAGUUCAUCGAGGGGACCAUGGCCAAUAAGGAAAUUCUGCGACUGAUCCAAUUUGAGCCUCAAAAAGUGAAGGAAAAAUUGAAGGAGAAGAAAACCUGAUGUCCACUGC